AUGGCCCGCACCAAACAGACCGCCCGUAAGUCCACCGGAGGAAAGGCUCCUCGUAAGCAGUUUGCCAACAAGGCUGCUCGUAAAUCUGCACCAUCCACUGGUGGUGUCAAGAAGCCUCACAGAUACAAGCCUGGUACCGUCGCUCUCCGUGAGAUCCGUCGCUACCAGAAGUCCACUGAGCUUUUGAUCCGCAAGCUUCCCUUCCAGAGGCUUGUUCGUGAGAUCGCUCAGGACUUCAAGUCCGACCUCCGCUUCCAGUCAUCCGCCAUCGGUGCUCUUCAGGAGUCCGUUGAGGCCUACCUCGUCUCUCUGUUUGAGGACACCAACUUGUGUGCUAUCCAUGCCAAGCGUGUCACCAUCCAGUCCAAGGACAUCCAGCUCGCUCGCCGUCUCCGUGGCGAGCGCUCUUAG